AUGGGUAUAAAGUACGAUUGGCGUAACUUAGAACUCGUAAGUUACACCAGUAUGACUAAUAUAUUAACAUUUAUUCAGUUCGCUCUCGUCCCGCUUUCAAAAACAAACGUUAGAGGCAAUUCUUCCAAUUUUUCAGUUAUCAAUUUCCUUAAAGUCAACAAAAUCCUUUUGAGACCAAUCGAAUUAAUUGAAGAAUUCAACGCUAUCAAUCCUCCAAUGAGAUGCUUGCUCAGUGCCGUUAUUAUUAUAGCAUUUAUUAAUUUAAUGACUUACUCUUUCUUCUUCCCAACAUAUAGACUUUUAAUUUAUGCUGCCGAUCUUUUCUUACCUGGCAUGUUGUUACUCGGCAUUUGUUGGAAGAGCAAAGAUUAUGAACCAGUUUCUGCCAAAGUUAAUGCUCCGUUCAUUAUUCUUGGCUUGAUUUGGAUCCUUGUCAGAAUUGCGUUUUCCCUAUGGCCCCUUAUAAAGAACAGACAUCUCUUCAAUUGGAAGAAUCGCACAACUCGUCUUCUUACAGCCAUUUUCCUUGAACGUAUCAAGAUGUCAUGCAAGAAGAACAUCGAUGAAGAUUUCGUAAAGCAACUCGAUGAAGAUUACGAGCGGUGCAAGAAGCUCAUUCAAGAUCGUGAGCCAGCAAUUAACUGGCAGCGCUAUCCAAAGUGGCGCAAGAUCCUCGACAUCGCAAUGGCUGGCGUUCUUAUGCUGAUUAUGAUUAUUUUGUCAGUUUCUUGGGGAUCGAUCAUUAAGAAGUCAUACCAAGGUAUUAACUAUGAAAGUAUUGUUAUUUGCUGCAAGGUUGUCACAGCCGUCUUUGCAGUUUUCUUCGGCAUCCGCUUAUUACUUGCUAUUUUAUAUUUCUUCGAUAAAACAGCACCAAAGUUAGUUGAACUCCGCCGUUUAGCCUUCAAGGGUAUCAUCAUUCUUACAACACUCGUUAUCAUUCCUGUUUGUAACCUUCUUCUUCGUGCUACAGAUCUUGAAGAUGUUUUCUGCGAAUACAACCAGUACUACUACUACAACCAGUCCGGAGAAAACUUCAUCGAGUAUUUCAUGGAGCACAUAGGCUCUGGCUGCCAAGUUUGCAACUGGAAAUCCUCAUAUUGGACUCCAUGUAUGACCGCCUGCAGAUUCAACGCAACCCUUGCUCAGAAGGCAGGCAGAGAAGCACGUUAUCUCUCUGAAUUCGAUGUUGCAAACUCUUAUACGAUUCCUAUGGUUCUUAUUCAGGUCUUCUUCCUUUUCAUUCUUAUUCAGAUCGAAUUCUACAUCUUCAAGCAGCACAGAACAAUCAUCGAGUUCCUUCCAGCUCCAACUACAGACCUUGAUGCUAAAUUUACUUCAGUUGUUAAGAAUCUCCAUACAAGUGGUGGCUACGUGUUCGAGUCUUACACCCACAAGCACUCAAUGUUCAACUUCGACUUCACCCAGUUCAAGGCUUUCGUUCUAUUCGCCACAUCCGUGUUCCCAAUCUUCCCAUCCGCUUCUGUUUCAUCCCAAGCACCUUUCAUCAUCACAGUUAUUUUCACCGCUGUCUGCGCCCUCAUUUGCAUUUACAACCUCGUCCAAAAUCCAUACAAAUCCAGAUUACACAACGUUGUCAACACUGUUGACUAUUUAGUUAGCACCAUCACAUCCCUCAUCGCCUGCAUUGCUACAAAGUUAACAAUUAACCCAGUUAUCGGAACAGUCGCUUACUUUGCCGUUUUCAUUGUUCCGUUCGUUGUUACCUUUGUCAGUCCAUUCUUCAUCAAGUUCGAUCCUUCAAUGCGUCCAGUUAAAUACGCUCUUAAGGAUAUCAUGAGAAAACAGAAGAAGUUCAGACUUGAAAAGAACAGAAAGAAGAAGAAGAAAGGCGAGCAAGACUUUGAUCUCGAGGAUUCCGAAUCAUCUUCAGGCAAAGAAGAUCCAGAUUUUACUGUUGGAGAUUUCGACUCGAUCGCUAUCUGCCCAACGUAUAUCCAGAUCGGCAGAGCAUCACGCGCCAAGAAUUACGAGCCAAAAGUCAGAAAAGUUUGGACAAAAUUCGAUCUCAAGCAGGGCGACCUCGACCAAGCCACAAAGGACAUUUUCGAUCUCAUCGAUGAAAUGCUUGACUCAUCUUCCUUCAUCGCUAUCGAUAAUCUCCUCGGUUUCGCCACAAUUUAUUCUUCAAUUUGCCUCGGAUGGGGAGUUGGCAACAGUAUCGCAUUGUGGAAGACUGACGAGAUCUUGUAUAAUAGUAUCAACCCUUACUGCGGAGAAGACUUCGAUUUCAUUACAGCAAACAAAACAGUUCCUAACUCAGGAAACUACUCCUAUAAGGUUAACCCAGAUACACUUGAAUACCCAUCAACAGACUUUAUAUAA